UUCAAAGAGAACAUUUGCCAGCUUUAUAAAAAGAAAGAUGGCUCCUACCUCUGCGGAAGCGUCCCAGGAUAAGCGACGUUGGUUAGUUACAAGUAUAUGUCUCCAUAUUGUCGUCAUUCCACGUCUCAGAGGAAUAAUUGCUGAAAAAAUUAAAUCAGUCUACGAUUCGAAGAAACGGAUGAACCGCAUAGACACUCAAACCCAUUCAAAAUAUCUGAGUAAGAUUUUUCCAGGAGCCAGGAGAGAUCUGAACUACGAGAGCAUAAACGGAAACGACCACCGAGACCCUGAAAACUUCGAUUACAAAGUUGAGGAUGCAGUGUCUUUGGCUAAGCUUUUUGUUCAACCUUUCAUGGCAAAAUUCACUGCAUUCGAUGACUCCUUCGAUACUUCAGCUGCCUUGGCCGUGCUCUCCUACGAAGGAUUAUUCAGGCCUGGUGUUACCAAGUCAGCAAAAGACGUUAACUUUAACGUGCGCACGGAAUGGGCACAUCCAGACUUUACUAAAUGGACAAAUAAGUAUUAUACUGAUUGCUUCAGGUUCCUGAAGGAUUUGGUUUCUCAUAUAUCGGUGGAAUUUCCUGAUUGGACGGAUAACACGCAGAUCCUGCAAAGAUUACAGUGGUGGAAAAAGCAUGGAACGGUUUUUUGUCUUGGGAGUCUAGAUGUCCCCGAUUUUCUUCGCGACUCUUUGCAGGAGGUGAAGGCUUUCUCCAAAACCUUUACUGAUUUGAGAGGAACGUUGAGCGAGGAGGUUCAGCUUCAGAUAAGUGAAGCACUUGAGUCAUUCAAGUCUGAACUAAGAGUGGAAGUGGACUCACUUAACAUUAGACAGUCCAAGUUGGAGUUAAAUCAGAAUCAGGAAAUCAAAGAACGACGAGAUGGACAGGAUAACAUUUGUGACAGAUUAAGUACACUUGAAAGUAACCAGGAAGCUUUAAAAGAGGAAGUUCGUGCCUUAAGAAAGGAAAGGAAAGGCGUUGAGAAUGAAAUCGAAGUGUUAAAAAAGACAGUUCUAGAAAUGCAAAUGAAACUGAAGGAAAAAAAAGACGUUGAGACGGAAAAUAAAGUCUUAAAAAAGACAGUUCUUGAAAUGCAAAUGAAACUGAAGGAAAAGAAAGAGGUUGAGGAUGAAAACGAAGUCUUAAAAAAGACAGUUCUUGAAAUGCAAAUGAAGCUAAAGGAAAAGAGAGACGUUGAGAAUGAAAUCGAAGUCUUAAAAAAGACAGUUCUUGAAAUGCAAAUGAAGCUAAUGGAAAAGAAAGACGUUGAGAAUGAAAACGAAGUUCUUGAAAUUCAAACACAAUUCGAGACGCUAAGAACAACUAACGCGACUUUUGGAGAGCAAGAACAGAUUCAGGACAGCGUUUAACGCGCCAACUCUUUGCUCUAGUUCUGGAACAAACUAAGAGCGAAAAAAGGUCGAAAUAGCCAGGACUCUUGCAAAACGAAGCGCUUUGAAGGAUGAGACCGCCUUUUACUGCUGUUUGUUUUAAAAUAGAUGUACACAUUCGAUUCAGAGCCAUCUUAAAUUAUUAAAGAAUUAAGGUUUAGUCAAUACGA